GCUGCGUAUUCGCGAAUACACAACAACGAACGAGAGAACAAGGGGCUCUCUUCGGGGUGUGGGAAUUUGCGAAAGGGUUAAGGGUUCGCGGACAAUUCGCAGAGAGAGGGAGCAGGUGAAAGCAUAGUUAUGAGUGAAACCUGAAAAAGCAGCUGUUUUUCUUCUGUGCAGCACAUCCCCGAUCAAUUAUAAGGCCUCUGUCUGGGCCCUAGCCCUCUACACCAUCUGACAGCCGAGCCAUGGAGGCUGGCGGUGUGUACAACAGCACAACUGUGCCGGCCGGCGGCCGCAACAGGGGCUACCUGGACAACGUCAGCUACGCGUCGCUGAACCCGAAACGAUGUGCAAAUGUCACAAUUGUGGUGCUGGGCAUCCUGUUCUUCCUGGGCGGGCUGGCGCUCUCCCUAUACGGUGGCCUCUUCUACAUCACGGUGCGCGAGCCGCGCGAGUUCGAGAUGCCGCUGGAGCGCCACCGGCGCGAGCAGCAGAUGAUGAUCUACCAGAUCCUGUUGUUCGCCGGUAUCCCUGUGCUGGCGCUGGGGCUGAUCCUGUGGAUUGUGUACCUGUUCCGCACGGGCCGCUGUCGCUACUGUCCGCUCUGCCCGGGCGCCAGGAAACGGCGCCUCAGGAGGGACGAGUUCGAGGCCCAGCGUAUGGCGGAGGAGGACCGCAUCUCUAACGGCUACAGCACCCACCCGACCACCACGCUGCCACUAGACGAGCAGGACCGGCUCGUCAAAGCCAGCAUGGACGAAUAUGCCGGUCUGGAGGACACGGAUGCCAUGCUGGCGCCGACCUCUGCUCGGCCCAUGCUCGUGCCCAUGCAGACUACCAUCUAGCGGCAGCAAAGACUGCACCCCUGGCUGCUAAUGGGGGCCGCCUUCAGUGAAUGCCCGGCCCCCAUGGCCAGUCUGGAGGACCUGGCGUCGUGCUCUGCCGGCGCGCAGCCUCCCCGUCCGUCCAGCGCGGCGUCCGGCGGCACACUGACGCCAGAGUACGCCGACGACACGCCCACUGCGCAUGCGUCGUUCUCGACCAAUUGCAGCAGCGAGUUUCCGCGCAUCAGUCCGUCCAGAGGGCUGUACUCGGGAUUUGUUUGCAGCAGUUUAUCGAGAAAACCGCCCCUCGAGUGAUCACGUGAUCACAAGUGAUCUGAAAUGGGGGCGAUUGUUAAUGCGCGGAGUUAAUAUUUUUCGACCCGUGUGCAUUGUGUGAGGCGAAGUGUGUUUCACUGAACAUUGCCAAUUACGUGCUUAGACCAAGACAGUGGUUAAGAAGGGUUAGGGGGCUGUGCUAUUCACAGCGUGAUUAGAGAACGCUUUGUAAUUUUUGCCGGUGUUUAUUGACCUUGUGUACUAAUUUCGAGUUCACAUGAACGUUGCUGCUGAUUUUUUUAUUUCCUUUUUUGUAUUUGCUUUUCUGUAUUGCUGAUCUGAAGUAUUUGUCAGCCAUAUUCUGGCAGCUUAUCAUUUUCUAUAACUCAAGUAUAGAUCUGACCUAAGACAUCUGACAUUCUUCUUACUGUCGUGCCUUGCUCUAGUAUUCUAGCAUACCGUACAGAGUUGUAGUCCGUAACUGCCGACUUAGUUUCACGUUGUGCGAAAUGUUUAGCGCACAGAUGUACCACCGUUUGGCAGAGCAUGCCGACGUUUGCUUUGUCGCUAUCGUAGGACACGUGUGUUGCGACGCACGUGACGUGAGAAUCGUGAAAACGUAUCGACAAGCUCGUCAGGGUUUCUGGUGGAUUGAAACCCUGUUUGGAAGCGCUGAGUGCGUGUAACCAUGGAAACCGUGGUUUCACGUCACGGACAAGAGACUGUAGUUUUGCAUAUCGCUAACAACACGGUGAUAACGGGGUUAUACGCCUCUGGAGCAUAUUUUAAGGAAGAUUUACACGCAUUAAUACACUGUUCUGGCUGA